AUGUCUGAACCGAACAAAAAGAUACUCGAGCCUCAGAAAAGGUACAAUCCUCUUAUUAGACCAACUGAUGAGGAUUGGGAUACCAUUCAUGGUCACUUCAAGGGUCUGCUCAGCUUGCCCACCACGCGCAUGGGACAAGUCUUGGAGGAUUACUUUACAUCUCAUGAGCGGAAGCUUUUCAUGCCAGCUACGGAGCCUCGAAGUUUGAGAGAUUGUCAAGAAGACAGCGCCCGACGAUACCAAAGCUUGAUUAGCAACAGAUUCAAAAAAUGCCACCCCUCACUCGCAAUGAAAUUCACGAUGCUCUACUUCGGUCUGCCUGUCGAACCAGUUUUAUCAGAGCUGACGCGCUUUAUGAAGCCAGACUUUGAUGUGGACGACUGGGAUGAACUCUGCACUGCCGAAGUCCGCCCUCCGCUGCACUUUCUGACAGCCCACGACCAGAGAAAUUUUGGAUACGACUACAUGAGAGGAAAAGAGGAGCAAUACAGCACCAUCCCUGUGGCAGCUUCUCAAAUGCCAGACGCCACUGGCGAAGGACUAAGCCUUCGAGGAGGGGGCGACGAUGACGAUGCGUUUAUGGCAGAUGUGGACUAUCCGCCAGACAACGGUGUAGACAAAAGCUUUGGUCCAGUACAGACUGGCAUUGUUUUGGAAAACGAAGACGACGAUUCCUUGGGUGGCGGUCCCAGCAGUGAGCAAUCGGCAGUGGCCUCUGAGACCGGGCAACCUUCACCAGAAUCGGACAAAGCACAUGGUUGGGUUCCCCUGUUUGGAUUCCAAGGCAGAAUCAUGUUUGAUACGGACGACAUGUCCACAUUUCAGGAGGCUGCGAGAAAGCUCUUGUCCCUGCGCCAACAUGAGCAAAGCGAUAUCGUCCUCGUUGAAUUUGAUCUCAAGACGGCGAAAGUCCUGCGGCAGUUCGAUGAUAACAUUCCUCUCAACCCUGUCAGUGAUCUUGCGGAACACCUGGGCCAGGCAACCAAGUCCGCAUCCAGCUCGGCCUGGUUCGUGCUUCGUAGAGGCGAAGAAAUUCCCUCAGAAUGGGAGCCUCCGAAGUUAUUCUUCUUAACCACGCUCAUCAAGUUGACCCAUGUUGACGACGACGGGCGAGAAAACCUCUCGUAUCUCAAAGUGCCCGAUGGCAAAAGCUUCUUUGGCCCCAAGCAACCAGGCUACAUUUACCCUGCCAAUAAACCCUGGGGUUCCAAUCAAUACAUGCCCUUUAUCACGACGGCGCAAGAAGUGCUGGUGGGAAGACCGGAUCAGCCAGGAGGAAGCCACUGUGAUCUUGUCAUUUCACGUGAUGAUGAAGAACCAGAAGGAUCAUCACCACCGUGUUAUGGUGGUCUGGAGAUUCAUCGUGAACUCUGGGACAGCAUGCAUCCUCUUAUCAGCAAGGGUCAAGCUUUCAGGGUCAAAACUCGCCCCUUGGCCAACGAUACCGUUGUGUUCUACCUACCAGGAAACUCGAACGACGCUAGAACUCUCAAGAACCGAGAGUGCCUUCGACGAACAGGCUCUGGAGACCCCUAUCCAGAUGCCCUGCAAAAGGUUGGCCUAAUGACGAAAAGUGUCAUAAUGCCCAUGGAGGCCUCUCACUACCUGAUUUGGCGCGGAGUCGACUAUUUCAACCCAUUGAUCAGUCACCCUGUUGGAGCCUACAGCCCAGUUCGAUGGGAUCAUCGGGACAAAGAUUCUUCGAAACAAGCUCAGAAGGCGCUGUCAAAGCUCAUUGCCCGCUCUGUCGACGACAAGAAUGAACCCUGUCAAUUCUUCGUGAUCCAGCCAGUGGACGGAGCUGAGGAUCCAUGCACGAUUGAGGCGGUUGAAGGACUAACAGGCCAGGCAAAAUUCAGUAUGGAGCCUCUUUCUAUGAAAGUGUUGAAAUCCACACUGGAAAUUCUGUACACUGGAGAUGAAGAGAUCGUCUAUGACGCUGAAAAUGACAGCGUUGUCAUGGAGUCUCUUUUCGAUGAGGAUACAAUUGGAAGGAGUUGGAGCCCAGCCAGCUUCGUUCUUCGACCGGAUGCCACCGACUCCGAGGCAGCCAUGGCCCGGCGAUUCAUCCUAGCUCAGGUGGUGCGAGCAGACGUCUUGCAAGAUGACGAGUUGGACUUUGUCAAAACACUGGCUAAAUCAACAGAGCCAAAUAAUCACUGGGGUCCUCGGUAUGGCGAAGUAGCGCAAUUUCGAAAAGAGUUAUCCCUGCCGGCAAUCGUUCCCCCUGGCAAGCUCCGUCCCGUGGUCUUCCAUGAACCGAAGACGCCGCCUUCUACUCCUCGGAAAUCAGCUCACUCUAUGCCAAGAGAGCCUGACCAGACACCCCGUGAGCGAAGCUAUGUGCGACAGCCAAGCAUCUUCGACAUGGGUGUCUGGAGCCCAGCCUUUCCAAUCAACGCGCCGCCGGUGGAGGCCGUUCUGAGGACCGGGGUAGGCCGAGUUCCAAUGGUUACCAAGAACGUUCUCACCCCUAGUGAGCAGUGGGAACUACAGGACAAAGUCUGGAGCCUCUCCAAAGUCAACCUGGCCCGGCUCGCCGCGUGCCCGUAUCAGAAUUGCCGGUUCACAUAUCGCCAAGACGAGGACGAGACGCUUCUGGUGCAUCUGGAGAAGACCCAUGCCGAAGAGAAAUGCCCGUGGUGUGAUACCCAGCUCUUCAAGCACUGGUCCUACAGGCAGAAGGAAGAACACUAUAGAAAAUCGCACGCAGACCAGCUGCGAAAGGUGCUCCAGCUUCCUGAGAGACCCAAGUCGCAUCCACCCCAAAGCCAAAAGGCCAACUCCGAAAGGCUACGCAAUGGCCCUUCAGGGGCCACGAAAUCUCUUCCAACCUUUACAAUCACCGACCAAAUCAGACCUCCAGUUGGCCCGUUGCCUCAGCCAGGCCAGCCAGCGAAAGCCAGCGACAGGGAGAAAGGCUAUCAAUACUGUGAUCGUUGCGGUCGUGACCACAAAGAACUCAAGAGCUAUGAGGACCGAGAGCAUCAUGAUCGUGUUUGCGUCCCCUUGGCCGAGGGAGCUGGGCGAUGUACAUUUUGUAAACUCUGCGGAGACCGUGAGUGGAAGAUUGAGAUAGAUGCCACAAAUUUUGCACCUUUCGACACUUAUCCGCACAAGUGCCACGGCACUCUCCACGAAAACAAGCCACAUUGCACCAAGUGCGGAUUUUCGAUGAAGAAACUCUCCGACGAGAAAAUCGACAGGCAUCGCAAGUUCUGUGGGGGCUUCUACGGUACCCUGGGUUGUUUCUGUCCGUACUGCCAGAGAUCCUUUGUAAGCGAUGGAAAACAGGAGCCUAUUGAUGGCAUCAAAAAUCAUAUUACUGCUUGCCCUAAACAAGAGGGCGCCAAGCCAACACCGUGGGACAUCUAUUCAGAAGUCUUCUGGAAAGACACCGACAAGUCGGUCGACCCUCUCUUCGUGGGGGCGGCGGAGACCUCCGCGGCCUUGUUCAAACAACAGCAUCGUCCUCGCGCUUCUAGUCGCUAUCUUAGCCACCCUCUCAUAUGGCAUGAUAAGCCGGGACCGAUUCCUACGUCAGACCCACCUUCUGAGUGUCCUGCCGCCGGGUGCCGGGAACCUCUUUUCGGCCUGACGCCGUCCGAGGUUCUAGGACACUUUGAGAAGAAGCAUUUUGAGGAGCCCCUGAAACAGUGUCCGCUCUGCCAUCUGUCAUUCAAGAGGCCCAAAGAAGAUCGCGAGAAGCAUCCGGAGCUAGGGGAGUGGGAGGACAGGAAAGACCAGGUCUCCCACAUGGAGUGUCACGUCUUUCAACUUUGGGACAUUUUGACUGGCAGUACUCGGCCUCCCGCCAUGGUCAAUCAGGAACCCUUCAACCCGGGCCAUAGUCUCUGGGACCCCGAGAACGAGAGCGCACUGGAUCGACGUGACAAGCGCUGUCCGUACUUUGACCAGUGUGGCGCCAUGGUUGGCUUCAUGAACCAACUCCAGUGGAACGAGCAUUUGACGAAAGCGCACGCUAUCGAGCCCCUUGAGGCACAGGUUGUCCGAGACAUGGACGCUGAAAUUGCGGCUGCUCGCGAAGGAAGAAGACAGCAGAGAAUUCGCGAGGGAAAGAAUCCGAUUCCAGGUCUGGCGGCGCCCAAAGAUAUACGAGACAGGGAAUUGGGGCCAGUUGCAACAGACGAGACGCAGACAGGAACAGGUCCCAGUGUCCAGCCCAGUGGAGAUCAAGAGAAUGAUCCAGAGUCCCACAACGUUCAGCAAGAGGUACCCGGCCCCAAGAAUAGUACAGCGAGAGGACCAGAAAGCGGGAAUGCAGUUCGCGAAGGCCAUCGAGGCGGCCGGCCUCAUGACCAUGAGCCAGUUCUUUCACCUCCGCCUACAGGUUCCAAACCGCGCACAGCUACCGCUUUAGAAAAUGGACCUCAUCGAGGAGAAAAGCCGCCAAAGGGUCCGAAGGGCCCGAUAAAGAACCCUCCUAAAGAUCCUGAAAAAGAAACUACGGACCCCAACAGUGUCAAGGAAACGCCACAGACAGGUGGCAAAACGCCCACGGCUAAGUUUGUGCCGGCUGACGACAUGUACUGUUCACGGUGCUUGCGUCCGACUCCCAAGAGUAGCCCGAAUGGCGAACCUUCGAAACAAGAGCAGAUAGACGCACACUCGGAUCCGAGACGUAGCUGCCGAAUUCCAGCGAGACAAGGCCAGGUACAAAUUGACCGUGAAGACAAGGCCAUAUUGCCAAGCAAAGUCGGUUGGAUCACGCAAAAAGAAAUUGUUAAAGCGGGCGGUGUGACCAAACUCAGAAAAGCCUUUGUCAAAAAUAACCCAGGGUUGAAGACGACCAUAUACCCCACCGAUAACAGAUUUACGGAUAUGAGGAAUUUGUGGACGCGAGAUCCGAAUCAUCCCAAGAACGCAGAGAACUGGGGAUUGCGUUUUCGGCCCCGAACUGAUGAUGACAGCGAUGAGAGCGAGGAUGACGGCUUGCGGAACUACCAUCCAGAGAAUGAAGAACCUGGGGACGACGAUGAGAAAGAGGAAGAGGAUGAAGGGGGAGAGAAGAAGGUCGACGGAGGUGGCGAAGACAAUGGUGAGGAGGAGGAGGAGGAGGUGGAGGAGGAGGAGGAGGAGGAGGACAACGGCGAAGGCGGCUCCGGGAAUCGGGCUAAGCAGAAGCGGAAGCCGUAUCGUGGAUCUCUCACCUACGACCCGACAUACCGAGACCGUGGAGAAGAGGACGAUCUGAGCCAGACUAGCGACAGGGAGUUGGUAUCAGAGAGCGGGGACGAUGGAGCUGGUACUUCUGGUGGAUCUUCCGGUGCGAAGCGGAAGCGCGAGACUGCGGGGCCAUCAGGACAAGGCAGCAAGGGGAGCAAGGAUAAGACACAGGAGAGGCAUCGUAAGAAGGCCAAAAUGGGCGCGAGUUCUCAGGGGCGAUGA